AUGCAGCGAUACGCGCUCGAGGUUCGUAGAGCAACUUUUCCGAAGACUCGCUUUGCCUUAUAUGACUUCUCAGAUGCAAAUUUCACUCCUCAUUUCGCCAUCAGUUCGGAGGGCCACGUUUCAGAGGCUACCGUUGGAUCUCUCCGUUGUUCUGGCACCUUCAGCCCGACAUCAAGCCCCCGACAUGCUGAAACCGUGCAUGAGGUCUCAAAAGACUACCUCAGAAUUCCUACCUGCAGCAGCACUGCAGACUCAGUCUUGACAUGGCCCAUAUUUCAGGGAAGAUUUCCUUCGGACUAUCUCGUUGAUAUUCUACUUGAUCCGACUUCACGUCAACCAGAUGCCGGAACCGGGGCCGAUGCUCUUGUCGUUCCAGGCGGGCUUGAGCCCUUAGCAGAUGAGAGAAUACCCUCCCUAAUCGACAAAUUCCUCGAGAACGUACACUCGAAGAAUCCCGUUCUCGACGUGGAAGCUCUUGUCCACUAUGGGAGGAGGGCAGCUGCAGGUGGCCUCGGCUGGGACGCACCAUCAUGUCUCGUUCUCUUAGCUUGUGCCUUAGGAUCCAUCGCGGUGCCCUUCGUAGUGUCGGAAGCAAAUCAACACGAGAUUGAGAUGAACGCGUCUGGUAUCACAUCUUCAUCCAUCUUCACCGAAGAGAUCAAACAGGCAGAGUCGUGUUAUGCGCUGGCGUGCAGGAGGUUGGGUCUAUUAAAGCACACCAUCCUCGGCGCACAUUGCUACUUCUUCUCCGCAGGUCAGUCUGCAUCCGGAAAUCUCGAGUGGUUACUGAACGCUGUCGCAGUCUACCUUAUGUACACUUUGCGCCCCUUACCAGCCUGGGAUCAUUUUUGCCAGGCCUCAACCUUCUAUCAGAUCCACUCCCGGACGAUAGCCAGGCCAACUCACGGAGCUAUGCUCGAUAGUCAUCUCAAUGGCAUGAGUGUGACGCAGCGAAGACUGGAGCAAAGUCUAUAUUGGUCCUGUUUCAAGUCAGAAUGCGAGAUGCGUAUCGAGUUGCCUCUGCCGCAGUCCAGUUUAGCCGACGUGGAUUAUCCGCACAUGUUUCCCAACCCUCCCGCUCACCCCACGGAAAAUGCAGGGUUCAGAGAAUUUGACAGUGACGGUUUUUCUUUCGACUGGGGAACCCGACCUUCCAACAAUAUGGCAAACAUCGAAGAGGUAUCUUGGUACUACUAUUUAACAGAGGUUGCGCUAAGAAGGAUUGGAAACAGGAUUCUUAACACAUUUUUUCGACAGAACCAUUCCAGCUGGAUAAACAUUAAGCCCUUCGUUCCCAUUGCCAAAGAAUUCGAAGAGCAGGUACUGGUAUGGGCUUCCAACCUCCCUCCAGCCAUGCAAUACGACAAGAACCCCACCGACGAAUUAUCAUCAUCACGCGAGCUCAGCUGGGCCACGUGGAAUCGGCUGUUGGAGAUGAAGACCUGGCUGUAUCAGCCUUUUCUGUACUAUGCGGUACAUUGCGAUGCCGAAGCAUCCGAACUUCGGGAGAAUGCGGAUCUCCAGUCACUCAUCAAUGCCGCAAUGGACUGCAACAUCAGCACCGUUGAGAAUCGCACCUUACGGCAUCGGCAUCAUGGCAUUUGGUUCGAUAUACGCUCGGUCAUCACAGCAUCUUUUACCGUCAUCGCCGCCGCGAAGAGCGGUAAAGUGAAGGUUCAAGAGGAAUGGGAGGACCGAAUCAAAUCUGUGAUAGACACCCUGGCCUUCUGGGAAGACGAGGCGAUAGACCUGGUGAAGACGAGAGCGGUCCUGGAAGAGCUUUUCUUAGAGACUAGGGAUCUGAUAAGGCAGCAGCGAUGUUGA